UUAGAUACACAGUAUAUGUGCCUACAUAAACUAUUAUAUUUUCUCGGGGACUCUACGUACGUAAUACAUUGACGGUGGUCGUUGAAAACACUCAGAACGAUACAAACAAUCAUACUUAUGAAUACAAAUGUUUGUAUCAUGCGAGGAAUAGAACUCCCGACCAUCGGAAUUUAAGCGGUAUGCUAAACUGCUUGGCCAAUGAGGCCGUUCUAUGUUUGAUAAUGCUAUACCUCCACUAAAUAUGAAACGCUAAAUAUAAUUGGCAGUAUAUUUUUUUGUCUAACUCGCAGGCAGAUAGGCCAUCCAGUUUGUUGUAUCAUUCGAGAUUAGUUUAUCUCGAGACGAUUGUGAGUAAACAUCUCGUAAUAGUUGUUAUAUUAUGUAACAUUAUGUUCAGAAUUGUGUGUUUUGUGUUAACCUGUAUGUGUUAUUUAACUGUUAUGGCGAAGGAAUCUAAAAUUGUGAUUGACAACGAUGCGGGCGGUGAUGACGCUAUGGCAAUAUUUCUUGCUCUAUUAUACGAGAAACAUUUUAAUGGACCAAAAUUGAUUGCGCUAACGACAGUGAAUGGAAAUACAAAUGAAGAAAAUGUUUACAAAAAUAACCAGAAGAUAUUGAAAGUAGCAAAUAGACAGGAUGUACCAAUAUACAGGGGCUCGCAGAACUCUUUAGUUGUAACACCAGAUGGCGGAAACUAUUUUGGAUUUGAUGGAUUAGGUGACGCUGGUGAUGUGUACGCAGAUUUGGUUCCAUGUAAGGAGGAGAGUGCCGCCGUAGCUCUGAUAGAGCUCUCUAAAAAACAUAAAGAUGAAUUAACAGUAAUCACAAUUGGACCUGUUACGAACGUCGCAGUUGCCAUUAAAUUGGACUCCGGAUUUUUGGACAGAAUAGCACAUUUAUACGUUGGAGCUGGGCACAUACAUAGUGAUGAACACUCAGAUCCCGAGUUCAAUACCAGUAUGGAUGUUGAAGCUUAUCACGUCAUCGCUCAGAAUGCCAGCCCGAGUAAAGUCACAUUUUUCCCAUUUUCACAAGUAAUGAAGCAUCUUAAUUUGAGUACGGCAUGGAGAGAAGAAGUAUUGGGAGCUAUAGACACGGAUAUAAUAAAAGCACAGAACAAGUAUGAACAAGUAGUACUCAAGUUGAGCGAUAGAUGGCAGGCUCUAGACCCAGCCACAAUAGCUGUGGCUAUCAAACCCGACUUAGUUGAAGAGUAUCAGUAUUCGAACAAUGAUGUGACACUGUGUGGAGAUAAAAGAGGAAUCACGACAAAUAAAUUUGUCCCUAAAACGGAAGCCAACGCAAGAAUUAUUCAUUCUGUCAAAGAAGAAGAAUAUAAACAGUUCCUGCUAGAUGUGUUUUUGGCGGACAAAAAAUUGCAACGUUAACAAAAAAAUAAAUAUAUUCUUUUCCAAUUACUUGUAUUAUAUUUAGUUUCAUUUAAU